UUGUGAGUGUGAACACUGUGGCAAGAGUCUUGGUAGUGAAUUAAGUAUUGGUUUGAGGAUAGAAACGAAGGAAGAUGAGGACUUUAAAUCUCAUUUAUUGUGGGCAAUCAAUGAAAAUAAAGGAUGGUAAUAUCAAGAUAUAUCAGCCAAAUCUAAAACAUGUUACAUCUAACAAGAAAUACAAACUUCAGAAAUUUGAAUUUGGAAAUGGGAAAGAUGCCAUGCCAGAAAAGGUUAUCAUGCUUGUUGGUUCUACUGGAUCAGGUAAAACCACUUUAAUUAAUGGACUAAUUAACCACAUAUUUGCUGUUAACUGGGAUGAUAACUUUCGUUUCAAAUUGAUCACAGAGCCAGAAAGUGACAACCAAGCAAAAAGCCAAACUAGUGAAGUAUCAUCGUACACAAUACAUCACCAGGAAGGUUUUAGAAUACCUUAUUCCCUCACAAUCAUUGAUACACCAGGUUUUGGCGAUGUUCAAGGCAUAGGAAGAGAUCAGGAAAUUACAGAACAAAUACGCAAAUUUUUCAUAAUAAGAGAUGUAGGAGGUGUUGACAAAAUUGAUGCAGUUGGUUUUGUUGUUCAGUCAUCUCUUCCAAGACUUACUCCAACGCAGAUAUACAUUUUUGAUCAAAUACUGUCACUCUUUGGAAAGGAUAUUGCUGAUAACAUAUUCCUGUUACUUACUUUUGCUGAUGGUCAAAAACCUCAAGUCCUUAGUGGCAUUAAAGGAGCAAAGAUACCAUACAGAAAAUUCUUCAAAUUCAACAAUUCUGCACUAUAUGCACGUUGCAAAGAACUAGAAAGGGAAGAACAAGAUAGUGGUGAUGAAGAAGACAGUACCUUCGAUACCAUGUUUUGGACUAUGGGAGAAAAGAGUUUUAUGAAGCUUAUAGAAGCUCUGAACUUGACUCAGAGUAGGAGCCUCACACUAACUAAAGAGGUUCUUGAGGAACGCCAUCGUCUAGAAGUUUCAGUAACUGGCCUCCAGGCAGAAAUUCAGAUUGGACUGAAUAAAUUAGAACAGCUAAGGAAAGAAGUGGAAGUCGUCAAAACACAUGAGGCUGAUAUUGACAGGAACAAGAACUUCACCUACACAGUUAAUGAAGAGACCUUUGAGACAGAGCCAAUUCCUGACGGACAGUUUAUAACAAACUGUCUACAGUGCCGCCGUACUUGCCAUGAAAUCUGCUUUAUAGAAAAAGAUAAUGACAAACAGGGAUGCUGGGCGAUUACAGAUAAGAAUUGCCGGAUUUGCCCAGGUCAGUGUCAUUGGAAAAGGCAUAGAAAUACCCCAUACAAAUAUAUUUGCAAGCAGGUUGAAGUAGCAAAAACUGCAGAGGACCUAAGGCGUCGAUAUGAAGACGCAAGGCAAAAGAAACUUUCUGCUGAACAACUUGUAAAAGAGAUAGAGGAAAACUUUCAGGCAGAUCAAAUAAAGGUUCUGUUAUUGACCGAAACUGUGAGAAAAAGCCUCAAGAGACUGAAAGAAAUCGCACUAAAACCGAAUCCUCUCUCUACCGUGGAGUACAUAGACAUCCAUGAAUGGAGUCUGUGA